AUGGGUUCACUUAGCGAAAAAAAGUACGACGCCAUCGUCAUUGGAGCCGGGUUCAGCGGCCUCUUUUUGCUGCACGAGCUCCGCAAAGCGGGAUUUUCGGCGAAGAUUAUCGAAGGAGGUGAUGGCCCAGGUGGCAUCUGGAAUUGGAAUCGCUACCCCGGCGCCCGUGUCGACACUGAAGUCCCACAGUACGCGUACUCCGAUCCCGCUACAUGGUCGACCUGGCAAUGGAAGCAGCGUUUCCCAGACAGAGACGAACUGGUUACCUACUUUGAACAUGUUGUUGAUGUUUGGGGUCUCGGCCCGGACAUUGUCUGGAAUACCAAAGUGACCUCAGCACAUUGGGACGAGUCUCAGAGCCAGUGGAAGAUCGAGGUCAAUGGAGAUCAAUACGACAUCUACACGUGCAAGUUCUUCUGCCCAUGCACCGGCUUUGCUGCCAAAUCAUAUACUCCACCAUUCCCUGGUCUCGAUGCAUUUAAAGGUAAGAUCUAUCACUCUGGCCACUGGCCCGUAGGUGGCGUGAAUAUGACAGGCGAGCGGGUUUGCGUCAUUGGGACUGGAGCGACUGGUGUGCAAGCGAUUCAGGAGAUCGGCCGCGUGGCAAAUCAUCUCAUCGUUGUCCAGAGAACGCCUAAUACGGCAUUGCCCAUGAGGAAUGACCCUAUUGACGGCCAAAGGAACCAAUACUUUAAGGACAACCUACCAGAAUGGAAGAAGAAGCAAACCACCACCUUUGCCGGCUUUACUUAUGACUUUCGACCUGGAAAAAUUAUGGAUCUACCUUUAGAGGAGCGUCGCAAGAUCUAUGAAGAGCUGUUCACGACCGGAGGACUUCACUUUUGGCUAGGCACAUGUGCCGACGUUCUUGACGACAAAGCGGCCAACGAAGAAGCAUACCAGUUCUGGCGAGAGAAGACGCUCAAACGCAUUAAGUCGCCCGAGAAGGCCAGGAAACUUACCCCCGAAAAACAACUGGAUCCCUUUGGCACAAAGAGAAUCAGCCUGGAGCAGAAUUAUUUUGAAAUCUUGGACCAAGACAACGUCGACAUCGUCUACACUCGCGAGACCCCGAUUAAGGAAUUUGUCCCGAAAGGUCUUAAGACUGAAGACGGCCACUUACACGAGUUUGACAUCUUAGUCUUAGCUACUGGCUUCGACUUUGUUACUGGAGGUCUGACCCAGAUCGAUAUCCGUGGCAUUAACAACCAGUCGGUUAAGGACAAGUUUGCUAACGGCGUAUACACCAACCUGGGAAUGACUAUCCGAGGCUUCCCCAACAUGUUCUUCAUGUACGGACCACAAGCACCGACCGCCUUUGCAACUGGCCCCGUGUCGGCUGAGGCCCAAGGUGCGUGGAUCGUCGAAUGCAUUAAGUAUAUCUCCAAGAACAAUUAUAAGAGCAUCGAUGCAACCGAGGUGGCAGAGCAUGAGUGGCGAGCCCAUGUCAAUGAGGGUGCUGAGAAAGGUCUCUUCAAGGAAGCCCACAGUUGGUACUUUGGUGACAACAUCCCUGGAAAGCCCCGCGAGGCAUUGAACUACAUGGCCGGCAUGCCGCUGUACAAACAGAAAUGCCAGGAGUCUGUGGAUGCAGGAUACAAGGGCUUCGUACUGGCAUAA